AUGACAAGAGCUGCAGCUAAGGAAGGAGAGCCCAAUGGGGCCAUCACAGCUCCCAAAGACAUAAAAAAGGAAGAAAUGGAAGAGAGAGGCCAAUGGAGUAGCAAAAUGGAGUUUGUUCUGUCUGUGGCCGGGGAGAUCAUCGGUCUGGGUAAUGUGUGGAGGUUCCCAUACCUCUGCUACAAGAAUGGCGGUGGAGCCUUCCUCAUCCCUUACCUCAUCUUCCUCUUCACCUGUGGGAUCCCCCUGUUCUUCCUGGAGACAGCGCUGGGGCAGUACACCAGCCAGGGAGGGGUGACAGCCUGGAGGAAGAUCUGUCCCAUCUUUGAAGGAGUUGGAUAUGCCUCACAAGUCAUUGAGUGCUAUCUGAAUAUCUACUACAUCGUCAUCCUGUCCUGGGCACUCUUCUACUUGUUCAGCUCCUUCACUGCAGUGCUGCCAUGGGCCAGCUGCAAUAACCCCUGGAACUCAGAUCUCUGUGUGGACUUUCUGAAUAACUCCAGCUUGGACAACAAGACCUUGCCUGCGAACACCACCUCCCCAAUGAUUGAGUUUUGGGAGAAGAGAGUCCUGGGGCUCACGGAUGGUAUUCACAAACUGGGCACUGUGCGCUGGGAGCUGGCUCUGUGUCUCCUGCUGGCGUGGAUCGUCUGCUACUUCUGCAUCUGGAAAGGGGUCAAGUCCACAGGCAAAGUUGUUUACUUCACCGCCACCUUCCCAUAUGCGAUGCUUAUCAUUCUACUGGUGCGAGGAGUCACGCUGCCGGGUGCUGCCGAGGGGAUCAUCUUCUACCUGAAGCCAGACAUCUCCAGGCUGGCGGACCCGCAGGUCUGGAUGGAUGCAGGCACUCAGAUCCUCUUCUCUUAUGCCAUCUGCCAGGGAUGCCUGACAGCUCUGGGCAGCUACAACAAAUACAACAACAACUGUUACAGGGACUGCAUCAUGCUCUGCUUCCUGAACAGUGCCACCAGUUUAGUUGCUGGCUUUGCCAUUUUCUCUGUGCUGGGCUUCAUGGCUCGGGAGCAGGGUGUGCCCAUUUCAGAAGUGGCCGAAUCAGGUCCUGGCCUGGCAUUCAUAGCAUACCCGACAGCAGUAACAAUGAUGCCUGUGUCUCAGCUCUGGUCCUGCCUCUUCUUCCUCAUGCUGAUCUUCUUGGGACUGGACAGCCAGUUCGUCUGUGUGGAAAGCAUGGUGACAGCUCUCAUUGACAUGUUCCCAGGAGUGUUUCGGAAGAAGGGACGUCGGGAACUGUUGAUCCUGGCCCUUGCAGUUGUAUGCUACCUGCUUGGUUUAUUGCUGGUCACUGAGGGUGGCAUGUACAUCUUCCAGCUCUUUGACUACUAUGCUGCCAGUGGAACAUGCUUGCUCUUCCUGGCCAUUUUUGAAGUAAUCUCUGUAGGAUGGGUGUAUGGUGCCAACCGAUUCUACGACAACAUUGAGGACAUGAUUGGUUUCCGGCCAUGGCCCUUGAUCAAGAUAUGCUGGCUGGUGUUCACCCCAGGUCUGUGCUUGGCCGUCUUCCUGUUUUCCCUGAUCAAGUACACACCCUUGAAAUACAACAAUUCCUACGUGUACCCUCCCUGGGGAUACGUGCUGGGCUGGAUGAUGGCACUCUCCUCCAUGGUCUGCAUUCCUCUCUACGCCAUCUUCAUCCUCCUGAAAACCAAAGGAACGCUGAAGCAGCGGCUAGCACAGCUGAUUUCCCCAGCGGAGGACCUGCCGCAGCCGAAGAAGCACGUGGCGAGUUUGUCUGAACUGAAGUACAACGGAUGUUCCCUCCAAGUCCAGGAGGUGCUCAGCAUCAUAGAGAGAGAAACCCACUUCUAA